AUGCAGCUGCCCGCCAUGGCCUUCGCCCAGGCCCUCCUCGCCCUCCCCGAAACCCUAGCAGCAAACUCUGGCCUCAGUGCAGCAGCAGCAGCACAAACCCUCAAAACCCUCCAGGCGCAGCAAAACUGCCCCUACCUCGGCAUCGACUGCAUGCAACUCGGCACACACGAUAUGAGGGAGCAGGAAGUGUGGGAACCUCUCGCCUCAAAGAGGCAACAGAUACUGCUGGCCACCCAGGUCGUCAAAAUGAUCCUCAAGAUCGACGACGUCAUCUGCGCCAAUGAGGAAUAA